UAUAUUUUCCACACCACAUAUAUAUCAUUCACUCCUUUGUCUGCAACCUCUAUCAAAACUUUUCUUCGCUAGCUUAUAUAUAUAUACAUCUAGCUGAAAUAUUCUUACUUUUUUUGAGGAAGACGAUUAAGAGAGAUGGCUGAGCUGCAGCCUCUUUUUGAGACCAAACAAGCAAAGGGGAGAGCUGCUUUCAGGGUGUUUACAGCAACAGUUUUUGCGGGGAUAUGUUUGAUGUUAGUUUACAGGUUUCUGCAUAUUCCGAGAGGUGGAGAAGAAGGAAGAUGGAGUUGGAUUGGGAUGUUUAUUGCAGAAGUUUUGUUCAGUUUCUACUGGAUUAUCACUCAGUCUGCUCGCUGGAAUGUUACUCAUAAUUUCCCUUUCAUUCAGAGGCUCUCUCAGAGAUAUGAAGACAAGUUACCAGGAGUUGAUGUAUUUGUGUGCACAGCUGAUCCAAUUAUGGAGCCACCAACUUUGGUGAUCAACACUGUUUUAUCAGUGAUGUCCUUCAAUUAUCCUCCCGAGAAACUGAGUGUUUAUCUAUCUGACGACGGUGGAUCGGAGUUCACAUUCUACGCCCUCCUGGAGGCCUCUCAUUUCUCUAAAUUUUGGAUACCCUUUUGCAAAAAAUUCAAAGUUGCACCCAUGUCCCCUGAAGCCUACUUCUCUCAGCUGCGUGAUGAGAAAAAUGUAAUUCAAGUUGAAGAAUGGUUAGCUAUCAAGAAAAAAUACGAAGACAUGAAACAUCGAAUCGAAUCAAUCAUGGCAAAGGGAAGCAUUUCCGAAGAAGUAAGGAGUCAACACAAAGGAUUCUCAGAAUGGUAUAACUCUGAAGUAACAAAGCAGAACCAUCAGUCGAUUGUGCAGAUUAUAAUUGAUGGGAAGGACACAAAUGCUGUGGAUAAGGAAGACGGUAGAUUGCCAACAUUAGUGUACAUGGCACGCGAGAAAAGGCCAGGAUGGCCUCAUAACUUCAAAGCUGGAGCCAUGAAUGCACUGAUAAGAGUUUCAUCAGAGAUAAGCAAUGGAACCAUCAUCCUCAAUGUGGACUGUGACAUGUAUGCAAAUAAUCCGGAUGCAGUAAGAGAGGCAUUGUGUUUCUUCAUGGAUGAAAAGAGAGGCCCUGAAAUUGCUUUUAUGCAACAUCCACAACGUUACAACAAUAUCACCAAAAAUGAUCUCUAUUCUAAUUGUGGUCACGCUGUUCAUCAGGUUGAACUUGCUGGCAUUGGUGGCUAUGAUGCGGCUUUGUAUUGUGGCACUGCGUGUUUCCAUAGAAGAGAAAGCCUAUCUGGAGCAAAGUAUUCUAAAGAUUAUAGAGAACAUAAAAACUCAGUAGCCAAAGAGACUGAUGAAAGAAGAAAUGUUGAUGAACUGGAAAAGACCUCAAAAAUUCUCGCCAGUUGUAGCUAUGAGAAGGACACUGCUUGGGGGAAAGAGAUGGGAUUGUUAUAUGGUUGUCCAGUCGAAGAUGUUGUUACAGGUUUGCAAGUUCAAUGCAGGGGAUGGAAAUCAAUGUAUUACGAUCCACAUAGAAGGGCCUUCGUUGGAGUUGCUCCAAACACUUUAGAUAUCCAUCUUGUUCAAUUCAAGAGAUGGUCUGAGGGCUUGUUUCAGAUCUUUUUCUCGAAGUAUUGCCCUUUCAUAUACGGUCGUGGAAAGAUCAAACUUGGUGCCCAAAUGGGUUACUGUGUUUAUCUUUUAUGGGCUCCAGUCUCCUUGCCUACAUUUUACUAUAUAAUUGUCCCUCCUCUCUGCUUGCUCCAUUGCCGGGGUCAUGGAUGCACGCAACAGCUGACCACUUCAAAUGCGUACACUGCUAAUUUCAAAUAA